AAGUCCCAGUCGUUCCUCGUGCUGGGAGCUGACGGUUGAGUGUGAAACAUCCCGGAGAGGAGCCGCGGGCGGCAGGAGGCGUGUCGCCGCCGGUAACCGGUCAUAUGAGCGCGAUCAGCGGCCGCGGAGCCACACGGCGGCGGGGCGGACAGCCGAGCGCCAUGUGAGCGUCCUCCUGGAGGAAACACCGGGAGACCGCAGCUCCGGGAGCCGAGACACGUGUCAAACAGGCGGAGCCCCCUCCUGACAGCCGUCCACCGCCAGCAGCCCCAGACAACCCCGCCUCCCGCCACCAUGACGUCCAAGUCCACCUUCCUGAAGGUGAUCCUGCUGGGCGACGGCGGCGUGGGCAAGUCGUCGCUCAUGAACCGCUACGUCACCAACAAGUUCGACACGCACCUCUUCCACACCAUCGGCGUGGAGUUCCUCAACAAGGAGCUGGACGUGGACGGGCACCGCGUCACGCUGCAGAUCUGGGACACGGCGGGCCAGGAGCGCUUCCGCAGCCUGCGCACGCCGUUCUACCGCGGCUCCGACUGCUGCCUGCUCACCUUCAGCCUGGACGACUCGCAGAGCUUCCACAACCUGGCCAACUGGAAGAAGGAGUUCACGUACUACGCCGACGUCAAGGACCCCAAGAGCUUCCCCUUCGUGGUGCUGGGGAACAAACUGGACGUGCCCGAGCGACAGGUGUCGGGGGAGGACGUUCGCAAGUGGUGCCGCGAGAACGGCGGGUACCCGUACUUUGAGACCAGUGCCAAGGACGCAGUCAACGUGACGUCCGGCUUCGAGGAGGCGGUCCGUCGGAUCCUGGCUUCCUGCGACCGGGACGAGCAUCUCAUCCACACCAACACGGUGCACCUGCAGAGGAAGAGCCAGUCCGAGGACGGCUGCUGCUGAACGCCACCGCCCCCGCCCCCGGCGGCACGUGGCGCCCGCUCGGCUCUGUGUGUGACUGCAGAAAGAGGAAGAGCGGCUGCGGCGCUGCCUGCCCGCCGUGUCCUCGGUUAAACUCAGACACCAGAUCAGCAGUGUCAAACCCACACAGACUUUCUUUUCUUCUUUGCAGCUCUUUGGGCGCAGUAUUGAGUUUAUCCCCCCCCGUCUUCUGAUUGCGCCCGCCUCUGUCGGGCACGUGAAACGGACGGACUUGGCUUCAGCUCCUGGCGCCAAACUACAUCACAUGCUCUGCAUUUCCAGAAGUAAUACGUCAGAAAUAAGUCAUAUUUUGUUUGUGCGUGUCGUCUGUCCUCAGUUGAGCUCCUGAAGUUUUACGAGUCGCUUCCAAAUUUUGAUCAUCUGCCAGCCCUCCUCGCCAGAUCGAGUGUUUGUUCUUUCAUCUGGUUUUCGCCUCAGAGCAGACAGAAUAAUGGAGACUCACAGCAAAAUGCCAAAAUUUUUCCAAAAACUCAUUAAGUUCUGAUUGUUUAGUCACAUUUUCACGUUAAAAUGUAUCUAGUUUAAAGUUUUUUUUUUCUGUAAUAGUUUUUUUAUUUGAAUUAUUCACUGUCAUUCACUUUUUCCUACUUUAUAUUGGAUUUAGAUUCUGGGAUUGAGUGAAAGGAUCGAUAAUAAAAGUACAAUUAUACGCAUGUAAAACGAAAAUGUUCCUUUUCCAUACGCAUGUGAAAUUCUGAUAUUGUCUGUUUCUGGAUGGUAAACACAAUCAGCUGACUCCGGGUGAAGAUGUCUGCAGAUAAAAUAUUGAACGGACAAAUGAGAAAGUAUGUGCAUUUAAAUUUGGGACAGUUGCAGUGAAACCUUUUGAUUUUUCAGUUUUUGGUGGAAUUUUGCAUUUUUAAUAGACUCUGAUAAUGUCAUUUAUGUGUGAGUUGUUUUUGAUCAUUAGAUUUAUAUUUUUUAGCUAAAGAUCAUCAAACAAAAACAUUUUUGAAGCCGUUGAUGAUUUUUCCCCCAAAAAACUCUCCAAAGAAGAAAAACUGUAAAAUGAACUGGAGUUAUUCACUUUCUGUGUUUGAAGUUUUCACGUGCUUAAUAAAAAAGAAAUAAAUCAAA